GGCACGUAAAGAAACAAGGAAGCUUCCUUUGGAGAGUGACUCACACAAAAGACAAUGUCAAAAUAUAUAUUCCCAUGCAUUCUGCAACCUUUUUUACUGCUCAAAUAUCUAUCAUCUUAUAAUUCCUCCCAGAUUUUAUUUUUAGCCUCAGUAAUGUCUUUCUCAGGUUAUCUCUCUGACAUUUGGAACCAAAGUGGAAGUGUUACUUGAAUUUUGGAUUAAGAGUAAUUAGCUUAUAGCUUAAACAGCUGUCUGCUUAUGCACAACAAAUGGAGCAACAGUACUCUGCAGUUAGUCUUUCAGAUGAUUCUGAUACAUCAAGCCAUUAUAGGCCAGAAUCAGCAUUCUACAUGACAUCUUUUACAGCAACAAUCUUUCUUGCUUCACUUGUGACUCUUGGAGUUUUAUUAAUUACUUUGCUGGUUUCCUUGGCGAUUAUGCUGCAAUCAUGUCAAAGUGAAAAUCCCGGAGCUACUGAACUUGCGAAUUUAAAUGAUUACUACAGUCAUUGCAGGGUGCAUUCUCUGCAUGCUCAGCUCAAUAGCUUAGAAGAAUAUGAUCUUCCAAACAUAUGUAGAGAUUUGACUAUACAUUAUAUCAAAGGAGGUCAAUAUGCUAUAGACUUGAAUUUAACUGUGUCUAUGAUUGAUGAUUACUUCAAGAGUCUGAGACCUUCAGAUAAUGGUUUGGAUGUGGUGUUGAUUGACAUAGAUGACAUUGUUCCUCCAAAUCCUUAUUCUUUUUACUUGUAUCACAGGUCUCAUAAUGACAGCAUUAGUAACUGUAUGAAAGAAGCAAAAGAUGUAAAGCUCAUGUUUGUUUUAAGAUUAUACAUGAAGCUUCAAACUGAUGGAUGGUCUAUAAUUUUGUUAUCAAGAGAAUCUCAAAUAUACCAAAAUGUCACCAUUAACCAUCUUGUUUCUGCAGGAUUUAGUGAUUGGUCUUCCUUGAUGAUGAGAAGAUUCAGAUUCUACCAAAUGGAAUGAGUAUUUUUCUAGGCAAAGAAGUGUGAUGCAGAAAAAUGGCUUCAACAUAAGAGGCAUUAUAAGCAGCCAUUUCGAUGCGUUGACCGGUCCAGAUACUGGAACACGAAAUUUUCUGCUUCCAGACCUUUUAUGUAUGUCACAAAUUUGAGCAACAGAUAGAGAGCAAGCAUAGAUACAGGACAUUAGUUUCAUCUUUCAUCCAUUAGGAAGAAAUAAUUGCUUUUGAUUAUUUAGGUUCUUUUUGUUAAAAACUAUAUUUGUUUUUGUUAUACGUUUAACAUAAAUGAAUACCACAUACAAUUCAGUAUGUACCUAGAGGCUAGAGGUCACUUCCUUGUUCUACGUCUUCUAUUCUAUCAAGGCAUUCAAUGCAUUCACUGAAUGAA